GCGAGACCACCAAGGUACUCCGGUAGGAGACCAGCAUAUUUGAAAAUGGCGGACGCUUCGAAAAAAACAGAGCUGUUUUGACGGACAAAUUUUGUUUUCUCCUCGCUCUUUUUCCGUAUCACGUAUGUUUUAUUAUCACCAACUAGUGCAGGCCUCAUCAUGACCAGUGUUAUGAGCGGUAAAACCCAGCUGGAAUUCCAGCUUCCCCCCGGCAGCAAUGGCAUGCUCCGUUACCAUGGUAACGUGCCGCGUUACCCUGGCAACCGUCCGCCGAACAGCAGCCAUACCAGCCGACCUUUUGCUCUUCAGAAACAGAACCAGCUGGCCUUCAAUGUCAACAUGGCCGCCGCAGCAGACAGCCUCACCAAACGGUACCGAAAACCUUCAGCAGUUGUGGUUGAGAAACUCGGCACUUCGCCAACAAACAGAAACGAAAACAGCCCCGCUUCAAUCAGACAGAUCUCUCUGCUUUCCCAAGACAAGCUUUCCCAAGCCUUAUUUCUCGCGAAAAGGGACGUUUCCAACGCAAAACGGCGUAGAAACGACCAAGUGCUCACCAUGGCUGACGUAGCUGCAACAGACUCAGUUUCAAGGCAAGACAGCGAACAAGAAAAUAGCGUUGAUGUCACACAAGAAAGACAAGUAGAGCGGAUCAGAACUCAACAACAGGAAAGAAACAGGGAAGUUACACAAGAAAGAAAAUCGAAGAAGACUUCGAGAAAAGCAACAUCUGAGAAGUUAGUAGAAGUGUCACCACACAAGCAGAGACGCCAAGACAUCCCAGCCUCACCUGGCCUGGUUCUUAGACUGGCUUCAGACUCACCUGUGGUAACACCUGGAUCACCUGGAGACAGGCAGGCGCGACAGGUGGGGAAACUCCAGAGGGAACUACAGAGGUACAUCAGGGAACUGGAGGGGCACCUGAGACAAGGUCAGGUUCUGAGUCCGUCCAAACGAAAACGACGCGGCAGUGUGGAGAAAAUUUCUGACACAGAGGAUGACCCUCGAACAGAGGUCAGACGGCAAGAACAACUGACCAGGGCAGGGAGGAUGGUCUACACACUUCAGCAUCAGACCCAGUUGUUGAAGAAACUUGGCUCAGCGCACCGAGCAGCAGUGAAAGUUCUUCAGGUGUUCAUACAACAGUUACCUGAUCAGUACAGUGGGGGAGGGGGGCUGCCACCUGUCUACCAGCUGUCGCAGCUGUCAGCACAGCUUCAGGUGGGGUCAUCCGAGGUCACGUCUGCGGAAAAUCUACUGCACCUGCUGGGGAGGGCACAGCUGAAGCCUCGGACAGAACUCCCAGCACACAAGAGGGCACCUGAAGGUCAUACAAAGGUCAAGACAAGACCAAGACGGCCAGUCUGGAAGGACAGACCAGGUGACCCAGAGAGAGAAGACAUUCUCCGUGCAGGUAUCGCUUCCUUAAGGAGGACCAGUGCCAGGAGACCUGCAAAGGGACCACGUCUUGGAUAUCCUACCAAACGGACGGGAAUCGUGGGAUCUCCAAAGUCAAGGAGGACGCCCCGGCGGCCGCCCAACUCUCCUAUAGGAGAGCAUACGCUCGCGUCCUUGGCAAAGGUGAAACCACCACUACCAUAUAUGGGCAAGGAGAACAGGACACCCCCAUCCAGCCCUCUUCCACAGCCAAUCAGGUACAGAGAACAAUCAUUAUCGCCCAAAGGGAGUCCCCUCAACCCCCACAAGAGCCCCAGGCUGAUGUCAGGUGCAAGGAGAAGUCUGGAGUAUCGAGAACCUUACCGGAGAAGAAGGGAAGAAAUAUCCGAUCCUUCCAGACGUCCAACAACGUCUCAAGAUGCCGGAAGGAACCUGGACUUCUUGGAGACGCACAGAAAUCCUGAAGACAACCGUUCAAGACAUUCUCCAGACUUUAGAAGGAAUGUAGACUUAAGGGUCAUGUACGAAAACCCAGACAUAGAGAAGACGUGCCAAGAAGUACCUGAAGGUGCCUCAAGUCGUCUUAGGGCCUCCUUGGGGGCUAGAAGGAGCCUGGACAUGGAGGGUGUACAUGGGGGUUACCGGGAUGCUGGAGGAAGGGAACCCAGGGAUGUGCAUGGGGGUUACGAGGAAGCUGGACGGUUGGAACAUAGGGAUGUGUAUGGAGGUUUUAAGGAAGCUGGAGAGAGGGGAGGAGAAUGGAAGGGUGUGUAUAGGGGUUUCCAAGAUGCUGGAAUGAGAAGAAAUGAACCCAGGUAUGAUGGGCAGUAUUUUGACAGAAGGAAAGAGCUAGGAGAUAACCUGCCCACCUUAAGAAACGGGAUCCUCGAAGAAGUGAUUGAGGACACGUCUCGGGAACUGCAGAGGUUGGAAGGUCAGAGGUCAGCCCGACAGGAGGCCAUGGCUCUUCAGGACAUGUCGACCUUGAACAACAUUCUACAGAAACUUCAGCUGGUGGAGGAGGAGGAGGAGGCCAUGCGGAGGAGGUGGAUCAGGGCCGAGUAUGCAAAUGAGAUGGACCAUAUAUGGACAAGAUACAGAUCAGGUCAAGAGGCGUGGGCACCAAAACCCUCCAGCCAAUCAGCACGCUCGCCUGAAGGUCGUUUCCAUGACAACGCGCUAGAGUUGCUCUCAUUCCGCCAGGAGAGUGUCCCGUCAGGUGCCCUGCACACCACAGCUGUACAGCCAGGUGUGAUGAGACAUUCCACAGCUGUUCCAGGUGCAGCAGCUGCACAGCCAGGUGCCAGACAUCUGCCAGCUGUAGCAGGUGCACCACCUGUCCUGCUGUUCACACCUGCUGCCCAGAUGCAGGACCUCCGCGCGUACAGGCGAAGCUUCGACCAACACCGGCGCAGAACCAGCCACGAAACCGCCGGAGAGUUCAACCCUUGGAAACUUGUUGACCAACUUGCAGAUGAGCUGAUGGAGGAUGUUCUGGAUACGGUCGUCAUGGAGAUGACUGAUGCCUGUCAGGAGUGUGUGGAGAAUGUCUACAGGUCAGAGUUCACGUGAAGGGUCAGAGUUCACGUGAUGGGUCAGAGUUAAUGCAGUGGAUCAGAGGUCAUGUGAUGGGUUAGAGCUCGUGACGGACCAGAGUUCACGUGAUGGGUCAGAGUUCAUAUGAAGGCUCGAACGUCAUGUGAUGGGUCAGAGUUCACCUGAAGGGUCAGAGUUCACAUGAUAGGUUAAAGUUCACAUGAUGAGUUAAGAGUUCAUAUGAUGGGCCAGAGUUCAUGUGAUAGGUCAGAGUUCAUGUAAUACGAAUAGGUCAGAGUUCGCUUGAUCGGUCAGAACGUCUGUAGGUCAGAGUGCACAUGAUAGGUCAGGCCAGGCUUCACCGUGACAUAGUCUUCAUAGACAGAUGAACCAAAGUUAAAUUUUGGAGAGGGAAUUUCUAUGCAUUUUGUUCUUAACUUAUAAGAUGUUUAGCCUUGGAGUGAUUUUUCAGUUCAUGUGUAGCUACAUUCUGUUAUUUUACCAGUUUUCAUCUUCUUCAUCAAAGAUAUUCUUGUACCUUUUCGUCAUGUUUUACUUCAUGCAUCACGCUAAGUAUAUAAUGGAAGAAUUUCUGCAGUGACUGUAUAAUAGUAUAAUAUAAAUACAAGAAACUGACAAUGGUUAGAAAUACUGCUCACAUCAGUAACAAACUGUGCCAAAGAAAAAAACCUAGUGAGAGUUCCACCUCUGUAACACCCGUUUGAGGUUAUUCAUAAAUCAACAAAUUGUUUUAUGAAUGGAAAAUAACUGAAAAAAGUUCCCAAUAAUAUCAAUAAUCAGUUUGAUUUUUUUAGUUAUUAGUAAUACAGACUGUCUACAGUAAUGCACAUGUAGGACUGGAUUAUUCCUAUUAUGCAAUGAAAUUAAAAGA